AUGCGUACUCACACAGGUGAGAAACCCCACAAGUGUGAGGAGUGCAGCAGACAGUUCAGUGAGCUGGGUAAUCUGAAGAAACACAUGCGGAUUCAUACUAGGGAGAAACCCUACAGGUGUGAGGAAUGCAGCAGGCAGUUCCGUUAUCUGUGUAAUCUGAAGAACCACAUGCGGACUCACACUGGGGAGAAACCCUACAGGUGUACGGAGUGCAGGAAGCAGUUCAGUCAAUGGGGUACUUUAAACUCUCACAUGCAGACUCACACAGGUGAGAAGCUCUACAAGUGUGAGGAGUGCAGCAAGCAUUUUAGUCAGCUGGAACAUUUGAAAAGACACAUGUUGACUCACACUGGUGAGAAACCCUUCAGGUGUGAGGAGUGUGGUAGGCAGUUCAGUCUGCCACAUAGUCUGAAGACACACAUGCGGACUCACACAGGUGAGAAACCCUACAAGUGUGAGGAGUGCAGCAGGCAGUUCACUCAACUGUGUCAUCUGAAGAAACACAUGCGGACUCACACAGGGGAGAAAUCCUACAGGUGUGAGGAGUGUGGCAGACAGUUCAGUGAGCUGAGUAAACUGAAGAGCCACAUGCGGACUCAUACAGGGGAGAAACCCUACAGGUGUGAGGAAUGCAGCAGGCAGUUCCGUUAUCUGUGUAAUCUGAAGAACCACAUGCGGACUCACACGGGGGAGAAACCCUACAGGUGUACGGAGUGCAGCAAGCAGUUCAGUCAAUGGGGUACUUUAAACUCUCACAUGCAGACUCACACAGGAGAGAAACCCUACAGGUGUGAGGAAUGCAGCAGGCAGUUCAGUCAGCUGGGUACCCUGAAGAGCCACAUGCGGACUCAUACUGGAGAGAAACCCUACAGGUGUGGUGAGUGCAGCAAGCAGUUCAGUCAGCUGGGUAUUCUGAAGACUCACAUGCAGACUCACACAGGUGAGAAACCCUAUAGGUGUGAGGAGUGCAGCAAGCAGUUCAGUCAGCUAAGUAAUCUGAAAAAACACAUGCGAACUCACACUGGUGAGAAACCCUAUAGGUGUGAGAAACCCUAUAGGUGUGAGGAGUGCAGCAAGCAGUUCAGCCAGCUAAGUAAUCUGAUAAAACACAUGCAGACUCACACAGGUGAAAAACCCUACAAGUGUGAGGACUGCAGCAGGCAGUUCAGUCAGCUAAGUAAUCUGAAGAAACACAUGCGGACUCACAAAGGGGAGAAACCCUACAAGUGUGAGGAGUGCAGCAGGCAGUUCAGUCAGCUGGGUAAUCUGACAACCCACAUGCGGACUCACACAGGUGAGAAACCUUACAGUUGUGAGGAGUGCAGCAGGCAGUUCAGUCAGCUGUGUAGUCUGAAGGACCACAUGCGCACUCACACAGGAGAAAAACCCUACAUGUACACACAUGCGGUCUCACACAGGGGAGAAACCCUACAGGUGUGUGGUGAGUGUAGCAAGGAGUUCAGUCGGCUGGGUCUUCUGGAGAAUCACAUGCGGACUCACACAGGAGAGAGGCCCUACAAGUGUGAGGAGUGUGGCAGGCAGUUCAGUCAGCUGAGUAAUCUGAAGAAACAUAUGCAGACUCACACAGGGGAGAAACCAUACAGGUGUGAGGAGUGCAGCUAUCAGUUUAGAGAGCUGGGUCAUCUGAAGAGACACGUGCGGAUUCACACGGGGGAGAAACCCUACAGGUGUGAGAAGUGCAACAGGCAGUUCAGUCACCUGGGUAGUUUGAAAAUUCACAUGCAGACUCACACAGGGGAGAAACCAUACAGAUGUGAGGAGUGUAGCAAGCAGUUCAGUCGGCUGGGUCAUCUGGAGGCUCACAUGCGUACUCACACAGGUGAGAAACCCUACAAGUGUGAGGAGUGCAGCAGACAGUUCAGUGAGCUGAGUAAACUGAAGAGCCACAUGCGGACUCAUACAGGGGAGACACCCUACAAGUGUGAGGAGUGCAGCAGACAGUUCAGUGAGCUGAGUAACCUGAAGAGCCACAUGCGGACUCAUACUGGGGAGAAACCCUACAGGUGUGAGGAAUGCAGCAGGCAGUUCCGUUAUCUGUGUAAUCUGAAGAACCACAUGCGGACUCACACUGGGCAGAAACCCUACAGGUGUACAGAGUGCAGCAAGCAGUUCAGUCAAUGGGGUACUUUAAACUCUCACAUGCUGACUCACACAGGUGAGAAGCCCCACAGAUGCGAGGAAUGCAGCAGGCAGUUUAGUCGGCUGGGUAGUCUGAAAAAACACAUGCGGACUCAUACUGGUGACAAACCUUACAAGUGUGAGGAGUGCAGCAGGCAGUUCAGUGAGCUGGGUAGUCUCAAAACCCACAUGCGGACUCACACUGGGGAGAAACCUUACAAGUGUGAGGAGUGCAGCAGACAGUUCAGUCAGCUGGGAAGUCCGAAGAAACACGUGCGGACUCACACAGGGGAGAAACCUUACAAGUUUGAGGAGUGCAGCAGACAGUUCAGUGAGUUGGUUAGUCUGAAGAAACACAUGCGGACUCACACAGGUGAGAAACCCUACAUGUGUGAGGAAUGCAGUAGACAGUUCAGUGUUCUGGGUAAUCUGAAGAAACACAUGCGGACUCACACAGGUGAGAAACCCUACAUGUGUGAGGAAUGCAGCAGGCAGUUCAGUGAGCUGGGUAAUCUGAAGACUCACAUGCGGACUCACACAGGGUUGAAACCGUACAGAUGUGAGGAGUGCAGCAAGCAGUUCAGUCGGCUGGGUCAUCUGGAGGCUCACAUGCGGACUCACACAGGUGAGAAACCCUACAAGUGUGAGGAGUGCAGCAGACAGUUCAGUGAGCUGGGUAAUCUGAAGAAACACAUGCGGAUUCAUACUAGGGAGAAACCCUACAGGUGUGAGGAAUGCAGCAGGCAGUUCCGUUAUCUGUGUAAUCUGAAGAACCACAUGCGGACUCACACUGGGGAGAAACCCUACAGGUGUGAGGAAUGCAGCAGGCAGUUCAGUCAGCUGGGUACCCUGAAGAGCCACAUGCGGACUCAUACUGGAGAGAAACCCUACAGGUGUGAGGAGUGCAGCAUGCGGUUCAGUCAUCUGGGUAGUCUGAAGAAACACAGGCAGACUCACUUGUAAGAAACCUUACAGGUGUAACUGAGAAGUACAAAACCUUACAGUUUUGAGGAUUGAGUUUUGACUAUGGUCCUUUGAAAUAUCCAGUUUACUAAGUCUGACAGGGAAGAAACUCCAACAGAGUGAGGAGUUCAGCAAACUGUUCAGUCACCUGGGUUAUACAUUGUAAACGACACAUGCAAACUCUAAUAAUGACUGAAAGAAGGUGGGUCACGUGAAACCAUACAGGAAAAAAAGAAAUACUUGGAUUGAGGACAUUCAUGUUGUACAAGACACCUUUGUGACUAAGAGCAA